AUGAAGAUGCCAUCUUUCAAGGGGACAAAGGAUCCAGACUUGUACCUUGAUUGGGAGAGACGAGUUGAAGCCAUCUUUGAUUGUCAUAACUACUCUGAGGGUAAGAAAGUUAAACUUGCUGCUGUUGAGUUUUCUGAUUAUGCUGCUUCUUGGUGGAAAAAGCUUGCUAGGGACAGAUUGCAAGAGGAGCUACCACCUAUUGCUACGUGGGCAGAGAUGAAGAGGGUAAUGAGGAAGCGAUUUAUUCCAUCAUACUUCCAAAGAGAUCUACAAUCUCGCCUUCAACACUUGAAGCAAGGCUCCAUGUCGGUGGAUGAGUACUUCAAAAGCAUGAAUAUGGCUAUGAUCCAAGAUAACUGCAUGGAGGAAGAAGAGGCUACAAUAGCUAGAUUUUUAAAUAGUUUAAUUACAGAAAUAGCUAAUGUAGUAGAGAUACAACAAUAUGUAACUUUAGAUGAGUUAGUUGAUUUGUCUGUAAAAGUUGAAAAACAAAUUGAGAAAAAGCAGCAAAAUAACUCAUGGAGAAGUCGACCAAACACUAUCUCUAAGAAGCCAUGGUCAACUCAAGAGGGGAAAGCUCCUUCCAAACCUCAAGACGGUAGAGGUAAAGGUAAAGUUGAGGAAGGAGGUAAAACCUUUAAUCCUAAAUCUUCUAAACCUUCAAGUUCUAUUCAAUAUCACAAAUGUCAUAGAAGGGGGCAUAUGAUGCAUGAAUGUCCAAGUAGAAGAAACAUCAUACUUAGAGAGAAUGGAGAAUAUGAGAGUGAAAAAAGUGAGGGGAAAGAAGAAGAGGGAGAAGGUGUAAGUGAGGAAGAUGAUUUGGAACUGCCUAAUGAUGGUAUAAUUGGGGUGGUUAGGAGAAUUAUGACUAUUAAUUUGGGUAGUGUUGAUGAAGGGCAGAGAGAGAAUUUGUUUCAUACUAGGUAUGGUAUAAAAGGGAAGACUUAUUCUAUGAUUAUUGAUGGGGGAAGUUGUGCAAAUGUGGCAUGUCAUGUUUUACUUGGCCCACCUUGGCAGUAUGAUAGGGAUACUACUCAUCAUGGGAGAAAGAAUAGUGUUUCUUCUCUUUUGCAGAAUUUUGAAGAUGUUUUUCCUGAUGACACUCCAAAGGGAUUGCCACCUAUGAGAGGGAUUGAGCACCAAAUAGACUUUGUGCCUGGGUCUCAACUUCCUGAUAGGCCUGCCUAUAUGAGCAAUCCUGAAGAGACCAAAGAAUUACAAAGGCAAGUUGAAGAAUUUCUUGAAAAGGGUUUUGUUCGAGAGAGUAUGAGCCCAUGCUCUGUUCCAAUCCUAUUUGUCCCCAAAAAGGAUGGAACAUGGAGGAUGUGUGUAGAUUGUCGAGCCAUCAACAAGAUAACGGUAAAGUAUCGCCAUCCUACCCCUCGUCUUGAUGAUAUGUUGGACCAACUGUAUGGUUCCAAAAUCUUUUCUAAAAUUGAUCUAAAGAGUGGUUACCAUCAGAUUCGUAUGAAUCUUGGAGAUGAAUGGAAAACUGCUUUUAAGACCAAAUAUGGACUUUAUGAGUGGUUAGUUAUGCCCUUUGGCUUGACUAAUGCACCAAGCACUUUUAUGAGACUAAUGAAUCAUGUUUUUAAAGACUUCCAUGGAAAAUUUAUUGUGGUUUCUAAGGGAGUUGAAGUAGAUGAUGAGAAAAUCAAGGCAAUAAAAGAAUGGUCUAAACCUAAUAGUAGCCAAGGUAAACUUAGUCGUAGGCAUGCUAAAUGGGUAGAGUUUAUUGAAACUUUUCCUUUUGUAAUUGCUUACAAACAAGGAAAGGAGAAUGUGGUUGCUGAUGCACUCUCAAAAAGGUAUGUUUUGAUCUCUACUCUUACUUCAAAGUUAUUGGGUUUUGACCAAAUCAAGUUCCUCUAUGCUAAUGAUUCUGAUUUUGGUGAGAUUUUUGCUGAAUGUAAGUUAGGUCCCUUUGAGAAAUUUAAUCCUCAAGAUGAAUUUCUAUUCAAGGAAAAUAAAUUAUGUUUUCCUAACUGCUCGUUACGUGAACCAUUUGUUAAGGAAGCACAUUGUGGAGGGCUAAUGGGACAUUUUGGUGUACCCAAAACACUGGAAAUACUGUCUGAACAUUUUUAUUGUCCUAGCAUGAGAAAGGAUGUUGAAAAAGUGUGA